CAUCGCCAAAAAUUCCGCGGGAAAAGACUAUUCCUCAGCCCAGCUCCGGGUCAAACCCAAUUCUGACGAAGACAGGGCGCCGUCGUUUCUCAGAAGACCCACUGGCUCCAAAAUCAUCGGUGGUGGAGAACUCCAUUUGUCCGCCUGCAUCGACGGAAAACCGGAACCGGAUUUUCAGUGGUUCCUCGAUGGCGAAGAGAUCAGAACAUCGGAUCCCAGAAGACGAGUGGAGCGAGGGGGUUCGGGUUUGGCCCACUUGUCCAUCCGCAAUUGCGCCGACACUGACGCCGGGGUCUACCGACUUCGCAUUUCCAACGUCUGCGGAGAGAUGUCGUCCGUAGCCACGGUCACCUACGAUCACACUUACGAUUUAUACAGAAAGCGAACGAUAGAAGAUGCGCCUUUGCCGCUGACGGACAAACCCAUCAUCAGCAAAAUGACGGAUCGCCGCCUCGUGUUGGGCUGGCAUCCGUACAUCCCACAGCCGCUUUUUGGGCCUCGGGCGCCGCCUGUCACCUACGUCAUCGAGAUGGCGGAUUUCCCGGGCGACGAGUGGCACACCGUACAACGAGGGGUUCGAGGCUGCACUUGUGAGAUCAGGAACCUGGAACCCUUCAAGGAUUACAAGUUCCGGAUCCGGUGUGAGAACCGUUAUGGCGUGAGCGAGGCCUCGCCUUACGCUGUGGCGAACCGGAGCAAAAUCAGGCCAGAUCCCCCAACUUUCAAGCACUAUUUGGAACCCGGGGUUAAAUUUCGACCGGAUUCAUCGCCUUACUUCCCCCAGGAUUUCGACAUUGAACGACCGCCUCAUGAUCAACUCGGAGCCGCCCCAAGAUUUUUGCGGCAGCAAGAUGAUGUUCAGUAUGGAAUCAAGGAUCAGCCUGCCAAUAUUCGUUGGUUUGUUUACGGAUAUCCGAAACCGGUUGUUCACUGGUUGUUCAAUGGAGAACCCGUCAACCUACACAAGGAAUGGGUGCGCGACGCUGAUGAUCAACUCGCCUAUGGGGAAAAAGUCCAAAUUCACCCUGUGAUGGAAAGCAGGCUGCCGCCGUCCAAGGGUUAA